CCUCAAAACACCGGGGGGAGGAACUUUGAGCUCUACAUGGUGCACUAGCGCUAGUUAGCAGCCAGCUAGCUGUUUUCUGUAUUAUUUUUUCCCACAUUUGUGAGUGUGUUGUUUCAUAUGCAGAGAGAUGUGGUUUAUUUAUUUACUGAGCUGGCUGUCGCUAGUCAUCCAGAUAUCCUUCGUCACUCUAGCAAUAGCUGCUGGCCUGUACUACUUGGCAGAACUAAUAGAAGAAUACACAGUAGCCACCAGUCGAAUAAUAAAGUACAUGAUAAUGUUCUCGACAGGUGUGCUGUCGAGUCUCUAUCUCUUUGAAGGCUUCCCCGUGCUGAUGGUCGGACUCGGCCUCUUCACCAAUUUGGUGUACUUCGGCCUCCUGCAGACGUUCCCUUACAUACUGCUGAGCUCCCCGAACUUCAUCCUCUCCUGCGUGUUGGUGGUGGUGAACCAUUAUAUGGCCUUCCAGUACUUUGCACAAGAGUAUUAUCCAUUCUCGGAGGUGCUGGCGUACUUCACCAUCUGCCUGUGGGUGAUCCCCUUCGGCUUCUUUGUGUCACUGUCGGCGGGGGAAAACGUGCUUCCGUCCACCAUGCAACAAGGAGACGAUGUGGUGUCUAAUUACUUCACCAAGGGCAAGAGGGGGAAGAGGUCCGGGAUCCUCCUCGUGUUCUCUUUCCUCAAGGAGGCAGUGCUACCCAGCCGACAGAAAAUGUACUGAGGAGCUCAAACUCGGGGGUUGGAGGUCAUGGGGUGGGGGGGGGGGGGGGGCGUGAGAGUGUUGGAGAUUAAGGGGAAAGCAGGAAGGACUUUGGACAUUUGUUUCUGGAUGGGACUAAAAACGAAACAGUGGCCAAAGUGGAAGAAGAGCAGAUAAAGAAGUCAGACCAAUGAACAGAGCAGAGCUCACUGCUGGACGCGGGCCACGUUCGUCUCUCUUCGUUUUUCUGUCCGUCUGUCUUUACUGCGAACAUCAUCUCAUAGAGACCUCUUCGUAGGGAUCUUUCCUAUCGUUACAUUGGACUCUUCCAUCUUUUUAAACUUUGGUAUUUAAUUUCUUACGUCCAAAGUCAACCACCAUCUCUACCUGUUGGGACUUUGGCAGAUAAGUCAUUAUCAUUUUUUUUUCUUUUUGGGUUGUGACAUCUGCCGUCGUUUAGACGACAUACGACUAGUGAGCACUUUGAUGAAGAAGGUUAGAGACCACAGUACUUUUAAAGAUGACUUUAAAUCAGAGAGUUCAGUCUGACGGUAAGUUGUAAGGAAUCGGCUUCAGAUCGAUGGAGACAUUUUAAUUACAAGACGUGAUGUAAAUACUCUCUGCCCUGUCGCAUCACAUCUACGUAAAAGGGGUUAAAAAGCACUUACUUUUAUAAUUGAAACGCCCUUAAAUGAAAGUGAUAUCUCCCGGUCCGGAUCACUUACACAAAACGAUCCGCUACGUUGAGACGUUUGUGUUUCAUGUCUCGACAGAGUCAUUAAUCACCAGCACUGUAGUCUGCAACCUGGCUGGACUGGUUUAAAAAGAUCAAAAUAAAAAUCACAGUAAUAACAAACAGGUUUUUGUACAUUGAUCGUUGAGUUUUAACCCGACAUCAGAUGACUAGAAACACUUGUGAAGAUCGAACCUGUGCAAUGACUCUGGUAAGCUUUCGUGUGUCGGGAACAAAAGCUGCUCAAAGUGGUUUGGUGAAAGUGCUAUUAAAGAGGCCGAAAUUCUUUUUACCAAUUACGGAGUGCAAUUCUUUGUAGGCUGGUAUGCACACAAAUGUUUAAUAAAAGAUUUUGUUGAAAUAA